AUGAAAAAUCUUUUUCGAUCACGUCUUCCAUUACAGUUGACAUUAUCUCAAAUAACUAAAUUAUCGAAUCAAUUUAAUUUAUCAUCAAUAGAAAUCGAACGAUGGUAUGAACGUUUUAUUCUUU